CCUCAACAACAUGGAAAAUACACGUGUAACAUUACCUCAACCCUCCACCCCUUCCUCUCCCCUCACCCCAAACUUCAUCCACAGUUCCCAAAUCCCCCAUUCCCGUCUUCUUCUACUACCCUUUCUGUCUACCAUCCAGCCCAUCCUCAAUCCUGGUCGUUCUGCUUCAUCGCACUAUCAUGCCCGGUAGCUUAGAAGGCCGAUAUAUCAGACUUGAGAUUAUCAGUGGAAAAAAUAUCAAAGUUCCCUCCUUGCGCAUCCCCGCAGGCAUCCAUGUGUCCGUCAAUCUCGACUCGAGCAGACGCUGGAAAUCAACAAUCGGUGUCCUAUCAUCCGACGAAUCUAUAACGUGGCGCGAUAGUGUGACCUUGUACAUGUUCAUCCAGACUUUCCGACGCAACUCGAGGACUGAUCUUGUGUUUGUAGAUCAUCAGAUGCGGUCACCUACGUUAUCAGUGGAGAUCAGGGCUUCCUUCGAGCUCGAUUGCAUGCUAGGCAAUGGAGAAGUUGUCGGAAAACUUGACAAAUCAUGGGAUGAGCUGCUAGAUCAUGGAAAUGAGCCUUUCGACAUCUCCUUUCCGUCUGUUCACUCUUCCCUCACACUAAAGGCCACGGUUCUACAUGACUGUGACUAUCAGGACAGCGCACUGCCUGACUCCAUCGUUGAAUGUCAGAUUGCUCAAGACACGGAUGCGGGCCAUGAACGAUUUGCCACAUACGUGACAAGCGAGACGGUCUCUCACCUGAACGAUGCUGCAAAGCAUUUUCAGUUGGUCCUGGACCAAUGUCCGGUCGGCCAUCCUCACCGAGCAGCGGCUCUCACAAACCUCGCGUGGGCCCGCCUUGAAGGCUACAUUCAAAACGAUUUUCAAGACAUCGACUCUAUCACUUCUCUCUUCCGCGAAGCCCUUGCAUUGCGUCCGCAGGGCCACCCCGAUCAUCCCUUAUCCAUCUAUAACCUCCUUAAAGCGUUGAUCUGGCGCUACAGCAAAGAGAACUUCGCCGUCGUCUAUAUCCAGGAAUGCGCGCAACUGUCCUGCAAGCUAUUGCCCCUCUGUCCAGAGGGCACCUACCUUGGUAGCAUCGCGGCAGGGGCAAAUGGCGUCGAUUAUGUGAUCCGCUCAUGCAACAAUCUUCCAAUAGAUGCAUCCGAUGAAGGGAUCCACCUUCGACGAGUCGUACUCGAGCUUUGUCCUCUGGGCAGCGCACACCGUCCGAAAGCACUCGACAACCUUGCACAGGCAGUUGAAGCACGCUUUGACCAGCGCGGCACCAUUGAAGAUCUAGCAGAGAGCAUACAACAUAAGCGUGAAGCCGUUUCUCUGUGCCCCGAGGGACAUUCUGAACGCGACACCUACCUGAAUAACUUGGCCUACGCACUCCGGUCCCGCUUUGAUCACCAAGGCAACUCAGAUGACCUCAAUGAGGCCAUCUCUUUGUAUGAAGAAGCGCUGCGCCUGUGCCCUGUUGGGCACAAAUAUCGUAAUACCUCAUUGGACAACCUAGGAGCUGCCCUCUGGACCCGUUUCAACCAACGUGGUGAUGUUAAUGACAUCAUCAGAUCCAUCACCCUCCAACGCGAGGCUCUGACGUUGCGCCCGCCUGGGAAUCCAUAUCGUGUCAACACGCUUAACAUCCUUGCUGUUGCGCUCCAAGCCAGAUAUGAGAAAUUGGAUAUAUCGAGGAGGCCAUUCGACUCUGCCAAGAGUCGUUGGAGGCUUUACCUUCACUGCACCCGGGUAGAUAUUUCAGCUAUGGGUGGCUGCAGCAAGCCUAUUUGUCUCGUUACCGAGUGCAAACACAACUCUGCUGACUUGUCGCUCGCUGUGGAGAACUUCAGACUGGCAUCACGACAUCCUACGCAAGGAUUUCCGGGGCGCAUCAAAGAGGCUAUAGACUGGACUCGCAAUGCAGAAGUCUAUCAACACGACUCUACCCUCGAGGCAUACCAAACGUGCCUGGAGCUUUUCGACAACCACGUGAUGACGCGAUCAACGAUUAUCUCACGACGCGAGGCUGCAACUGCUUUUCGCAAUGCACAAUCACUGCCGGUUGAUGCAGCCUCGUGUGCCAUCCGUCGUGAUGAUCUGCGACGAGCAAUCGAACUCGUGGAGCAGGGUCGUGGCCAGCAAUGGUCGCUGGCCUCUCGACUCAGACCUCCGCUGGAAGACCUGAAGCUUGCAAGUCCGGAACUAGCUCACAGGCUCUCAGAGAUCAACGAGCGCUUGUCUGAUGCUCAGGGUUCCGCCGGCAGCACUGACCGAGCUGCUGCUGAUCGAGCAGCGAUAUAUUACAGGAGACUUCAGGAGCAGUGGGGAGCAGUGGUAGCUGAGAUCCGUAAUCUCAAAGGCUUCUCGCGGUUCUUGCUCCCGCUUUCAUAUGAAGACUUGCAAGCGGCAGCACGUCAUGGCCCAGUCAUCAUCCUCGUCGCAAGUCAAUACUCGUGCAGUGCCAUCGUUGUCCCGACGUCAGGAAAGCCACACCACGUUCAAUUCCCGCGCGUCAAUCUCACACAUCUGGAGAAGCUCAAGAGUGACUUUGCGAGGGAGAUACGACUUGCAUCUUUUAUGCGACCAGAGGAGACGAGGAAGGAAUUGCAAGUUCUCUUGCGGACAAUAUGGGACGAGAUCAUGCUCCCCAUCGUCAUCGUCCUCCAGCGCGAUCUCAGAGUAACGAGCGGCUCUCGAAUCUGGCUGUGUCCAACUGCAACCUUCACUUCCAUUCCUCUUCACGCAGCUCACCCCUUUCGAACGAAGACAGACGGACGACGUGAACUAUGCCUGGAGGACGUCUACAUCUGUUCUUACACGCCGACACUUUCAGCUCUGAUCAGAUCUAGACAGACGAUGAAGAAACGCGUUACUUCCGUCAUUCGUCGCAAUCGGACAAAGUUCACCGGCGAGCUUGAGCUCGUCCGCAAACUCGUCCCCGCGACGGCCAACUCCACCACUCUCUCCGGCGACGAUGCCACUCGAGCAGGUGCACUAGAUGCUUUGCAACACAACACUUGGGUGCACCUCGCUUGUCAUGGGAAGCAGGAUCGCGAGCAGCCUUACUAUUCAUGUUUCGCCAUGAAAGACAAACCUCUCACAAAAGACAUUCCUCACGCUGAGUUCGCAUUCUUGUCGGCGUGUCAUACCGCUGUUGGAGAUGAGGAGACACCGGACGAAGUCAUCCACCUCGCAGCUGGACUCCAGUUUUCCGGGUUCAAGAGCGUCAUUGGCACGCUGUGGGUGGUCAACGAUGCUGUCGCGAAACACGUUGUCGAAGCUUUCUACAAGAAGAUAGUCAAGGGUUUGGAGGAUAGUGAUAUGAUGGACUGUACGAAGGCGGCCUGGGCACUCAAUCGUGCUACAAAUGCCGUGAAGACGAAAGUGCCGCUCGAGCAGCGGAUGGUUUUCAUACAUAUUGGGUGGGGCAAGAAGUACAAUCCUUCUGCUCUACCCCAACCACAGUAA